AUGCUAUUAAAGUUCAUUUCAAGAUAUUCUUUAUUCUUGGUAUCAGUAAUAGUGACAGGUGCACUUUGUGAACAAACACCGGGGAAAUAUGACAUUAUGCAAAGAAUAAAGGAUGAUAUAUAUAGAAAUAGAUACCAAGUAACUAAUACUAGAUAUUUAGUAUGGUUAUUAAUUAUUAUACCAGUAGCUAUUUGUAUCCCUUGCCUUAUAUGGGUGUGGUGUAAUGACCAAUGUAUACAAUUUAUAUAUUACCGUAAUCGUAAGAGAUUAGCAAAGGAACAACGCAUAAUUAAUGAGAUAAUAGAUAAUAGUCUAUCAAAUAUUGAGGAUCAGAAUCAAGUUUAUAAUAUGAAUCUGGCAUUACCAGCUCCUUUAGUUGCAACUCCUAAUAACAAUAUAAAUAUCCAAAUGACACCCUUUAAUUACAUUCCACAACCUUAUAAUCAAAAUUAUAUAAAUAAACAAUGUAAUGGUUGCCAGCAAUGUUGUAAUGAUAGAAGUACCUAA